AUGCAUCAGUGGCAUUUGCAUCUUGAUCGCCAGGAGCGUUGGGCCACAUGCCUGCAGUCUCCCUCUAAGGCCUUUGUUCCGCUCUACGGCACGCAGGGGACCAGCUCGAAGCCUGGUCAAGAGAUCCUUUCUAAGCAUGUGGAAGUCACUGGGAUCGCUUUGACCAUGGCCCAGGGGCAGCCAUGGUUUUGGUCCAUGCUGCCUGGUGUCACCUCUUCUCCCAGUGAAGGCUUCCUCAGGCGGCUGGAAAGCUUCAAAGACAGCUUCGGCCUGCAGUCGAGUUGCAAGAAGGUUUACUGA